UUUCACCGGGACCGGUUCUGUCGCUGUGGAGAACUUGACCCAUCAGCAGCACCGGCGGCAGCGGCAGCCCCGUGUCGCCCCCCCGGUCAGGCUCAUGUCGGGAUGUCUGACUCACUCCUGCUCUCUGCGCCGCGGAGGAGCUCGAGCUCUCACGCCAACUCCACCGUCAGUGACGUAUGCGUCACGUGUCCGCCUCUUCCCUCGGUACGUCCGUCGUGUCUUCUGUCCUCCACUGGCUGCCGGAGCUCACCCAGGACAAACAAGCGCAGCCCAGCCGAGAGGAGAGGACGGGGCUGGGGGGGGGGCUGCAUUGUAGGGACCGGUCCGGUGUCACGGUUCGAACCCGCCGAUGGACGGAGGGGGUCUUCCACCUCUAAGUUACCAUCAGUGAAGCCCUAACCUCCCGUCAGUCUCACUCCUCUGGCUCCUGCCAUUGUAAACUUCAGAUGUGAACCGCUCCGCUGCGGACUCUGAGCUGCAGCCAGGCGAGGUUUUUACUCAAAACUGCGGUGAGACCUGAGAGUGGACCUAUGGACGAGUUCUACCGUCCUCCUUCCCCCACGCCUGGUCUAUAGUCAACCGGAAACGACUCACAUUCUCACUCACACCCUGUUUGAAUAACCCUUUUCACCCCUGCGGCCACACCAUGGCCAGCAAAAGGAAGUCAACUACUCCUUGUAUGAUACCCAGCAAGAUACGUCCUUUGGAGGAGGCUGAAGAAGACUUCCCUGCUCUUCUCUGUCAGACCAGGAUUUUUGGAGGGGGCAGACAAAGCCCCCUAGGCCUUGCAGAGUCUUCUAAACCAGAGGCAGGGGACAUUGUCAAAGACUGUGCUGGCACUUACACCUGUAAGCCUUGUAACUUUGAAACCCAGGACCUUAAUUUGUUCUUGGAUCAUGUGUACACCGGGCACCCAGACUUCCGCGCAGACCCCAGCUUCUGUUGCCUCAGCUGUGGGGUUUCGGCGCCCAAGUUUGAGGGUUUGGCCCUGCACAAUGCCAGGGUUCACCCCAGCACUUGGAACACUACUUUACAGCUGAGGAAGAGGGACAGGAGGGUUGUGGUGGAGCAGAAUCUGAUAAGUGGGACAGAGUCUGGGAAGGACAAUGAAAUUUCCAUAAGCAAGACUCCAAUAAUGAGAAUGCUGAAGGGCAAGUCGGAGCCCAAACGGAUAGUGGUGCCUCACCCAGUCUCCAACGAGUCUUUAUCGGAUCCUCUCUCAGUCUCUUCCUCCAAAGAGGCUAAGAGAAAAGAGACCACUCCAGUGACGGUCACCCAUGUUCCCACAAUAGUCCACAACGGAACCACCAAGGUCACGCUGCCCUCAGCAAUUCAGAUAGUCAAUGGCUCUGGAGCAUUACCAAUGCUCAAGACCCCCAUCACACAGGUGGUUUCAGUGGUUCAGAACAGAAACUUUCAUCAAUCUGCACCGAUCACAGUCUCCUCAAAUUUGUCAUCCUCUUCCUCAAAAAACCUCCCCAAGGUGAUGAUUCCCCUGAGCAGCAUCCCUACGUACAGUGCCUCCAUGGACUCCUCUUCCUUUUUGAAGACCUCCUUCAGUAAGUUCCCAUACCCCACGAAGGCUGAGCUCUGUUACCUGACUGUGGUCACAAAGUUCCCAGAAGAGCAGAUUAAGAUCUGGUUCACAGCCCAGAGACUUAAACAAGGCAUUAGCUGGUCUCCCGAGGAGAUCGAGGAGGCCAGGAGGAAGAUGUUCAACACCAUCAUCCAGACAGCACCCUCCAGUGCACAUAACCAAAUCCAGAGUCACCACAGCCCAGCCCAACACACAAUCACAGUCCUGCCUGCGUCACUGGGAGCCACUGGGAUCCCUCAUAUCCUGCAGGGAUCUCUUGUUAGCCAAGCAGGGGUAAUUGUCACACAGCCUGUAAUGGCCAAUGGUAUCCAGGUUAGCAGCACCCCUUUGGCCCUGGCCGUCACGCCUAAGCCCCAGGCAGCAGCCCGCCCCAUGAUGCAGGCCCGACCUGCCGCAGCCCUGGUUGCAGACAAAGGCAUCAGCAUGGUGGUGGGGACGGUGGGCAGCAGCAGCAGCACUGGGAGCCACAUCAUUAGCAGCAGUAAUAGUAGUAGGAGUGGGGGAGGGGGCACAAACAGCAUUGUCAGUAGCGGUCAAGCUAGUGUCAUCAACCUUAGUCUGGGAAGCAGUAAUCAUAAUAAUGGCAGGGUGAGCAGUGUCAAUGGUAAACACAGCAGUGCUAAUGCAGACUGCAGUGACAAGAGCAAAAGUAAUGUUACUAGCCAUGUAAACGAUAAAGCUAAAAACACCAGCAUUGUGCACAGUGACAGUAAAGUAACCACAGACAGUAAACCUAAACACAGUAAUGGCAGAACGAGCAGUGAUGGACAGAGGAGUAAAGUUGCUAAUGUUAGCACCAACAAAAAUAAAACAAGGAACACAAGCACAGAUGACAUUGACCCCAUUGACCCUUUAAAUAUGAAAAUGGAGGACGCGUCUUCCCCUGCCUCCAAAUCUCCCUCCCCCUCAUCUGCAGCUCCUCCAGGCAUCACGUCUGGGUCCGGGACGCCCGUCAACGCAUUCCUCGACCCCAGCUUUUACAAGAGCAAAAAGUCUCAAGUGCAGCUCAGUGCGCUGAAGGACAGUUUUCAGGUCAGCCAGUUUCCCGACCAGGAGGAGGUUGACCGCCUCGUUGCUAUGACUGGACUCACAGUGCGAGAAGUUCGCAAGUGGUUCAGUGACAGGCGCUACCACUUUCGCAGUCUCAAAGGGGUGCGCACGAGCAAGAAGUCUGGCACUGCAGCUGGAACAGGGAGUGGCUCGAGUUUACCAGGGUGUGGCGCCGCUGGCAGUGCCAACCCUGUUGACAUGUCAGAAAGUAGCAGCAGCUCUGGAGCAAAAACGCCCCAACACAGCUCUGCACCCCUGAGUCCAACGGCAACACAGACUCCCACCUCACCCACCACGCCAUCCCGCCGACUUCCCAGACAACCAUCUGAAGAUUUCACAGCUAUCCGCUACAAGGAGAGAGAACCCCAUCAGUUAAAGGCACUAGAGGCCAGUUUUGCCGAGGACCCGGACCCAUCUGGAGAAGAAGUGGACAGACUGCGAUCUGAGACCAAGAUGACCAGAAGGGAGAUCCAUGGUUGGUUUGCUGAGAGGAGGAAGAAAGCCGCAGCUGAGAAGAAGAAGGAGGAGGCAGAUCGGGCACUGAGAGAGGAGGAGAUGGGGGUUGAUGGGGAGGAACGACAGAGAGAGGACGGUUCUGGAGAACUGAAAGUUAACCCCAUUAAGAUUAAUCUGAAGAUGCUGAAGGUGACAGAGGCCAGCGGCAAAGCGGAGGGCGAAGGGUUGGAGAGCUCUGCUUUACCACUUCAGUCCAGCAGCACACUUGCAUCCUCCCCAGGCCCCACACCAUCCUCCACCCCCAAACCAUCCCAGUCCUCCACCCUUACACCCAAAUUAUCCCACUCUCCCAAACCCUCAACCCUCCGAGGCAAGAAGACAGCGGAGCAGCUUCACCUGCUCAAACUAGUCUACGCACGCACCCAGUGGCCCAGUGCUGCUCAGUACGAUGAGCUCAUCUCAGCAACGGGACUGCCCAGACCUGAGGUGGUGCGCUGGUUUGGGGACUCCCGGUAUGUGCAGAAGAACGGCCAGCUGAAGUGGCUGGAGUCGUACCAGACCAUGGCUCUAGAGGAGGAACUCCAGACAGAGAACACAAAGAUUCUCCAGGCACAUGUCGACGUACACGGGAGACUGGAGGAGACGCAGCUGCAGGGACUGGCUGACGCGAGCGGUUUAACAACAGACUUGGUGCGACACUGGUUCUCCACCAAGGCCUCUUUGCCACAGACGGAACAAACUGUUGCUGCCUUUGUGACGGGACCAGGCCCAGUUGCACCGGGCGUGGCCGCCGAGCCACAAACAACAGGCUCCUCCCCUCUGGAGUCGCAGCCAGGAGGAGGAACGGAGGAGAAAAUGGAGCAGUCGGUGUGUGGUGUCAAAACAGACGCAGAGGAGGCCAACACUGACGAGACUGUGAAUCCUACUAAAGGAACCGACUGAAGAGGCUGUUCAUCAGAGGACGGAGUUCACGACAGGUGGUCUCUGUGUCGGGAGUCUGAGUAAAAGAUGGCAGAUGUGGUUGUAACAGAAUCACUGGAUGGAAAUGGACCUUGAAACCAUCCCCACACACCCACCCACCCAUCCAUCUCUCUCCCCCUCUCUCACCCCUAGAGGUAGGCAUGACCCCCCCCCCCCGCUACGUGAGAUUGACACCCUCUAUCCAUCCAUCCACCUACACACCCACUGUCCCUCCAUCUCCUUGUCUACCCCUCUGCUACACACAACCCCCUCUCCAAUAUCUCUCCUUCCACCAUUUUACCUCCAGACAGAGGUUCCAGUAGAAAUUGAGAUCCAGUGUUGGUGGAGGGAGGGGUGAGGGGUUGUCUUACACCUCCUGCUGGAGUGGAACAGAAGAAAAACAAAAUGUGGAGGAAGAAGAGGAGGAUUUAAAAAGGAAGAGGUGUGGUCAGGGAUUGAGACCUCACAGCAGAUGUCCAUUGGGGGAUGGUGGGUUGGGUUCGGACAGAUAUCGACCAAGUCAACCCUCGGACCCGGAUCGUCUGAGACACUGUUCAUAGUUUGUUUCGGGGUACGAGAAACCACACAGCUCUUUGCCACAGGGGGCUUGCCGGGGCCUUAAAGUAAAAGAAACAUGAACCUUCUUUUUUCCCAUUGGGUCAAUAUCAUGCUUCAUUUUUUCCCCACCAUGCACUCACACUUUGACUUCAUGCUUGCAGCUGAACAUGCUCGCUAGGCUGUUAGCAUCUUAUGUGAAACACAGCACUGGCGUUCAUUCGAUCCUGCCUUGAAUAGUUUUUUUUUGGACAUCUCUUUAUACUCACUUUUCAUUUCUUAAUUAACACAGAAGAGGGGAAACUUUAGAAUUAGUUUCAUCCAAAGAGGUCAAGCCACCCUGUUGUGUAUAAAACGAUAUAUUAGACUUUAUGGAAUCUGGUUUGUGUUGUAGCAUCAAGUGCUUCUUCUCUACGUCACUGGACGUGUACGUACAUUUGUUUUUAUGGAACUUUAUAAUGAAAUAAAUUUGACUGUAUAACAACUGUGAACUUUUCCAGAGUUCCAUACUUAGGCUUGAUGUAUAAUUUUUACAGACGGUAUUUGCAGAAUAAAAGGAAUGUAAUAAA